GCGGUGGGCAGGGUGCCCAUGUGGCCUCUCUGGACCAUCCUCCUGCUGGUACUGCCCUUGGGAGGCCUAGGACCACCCUUCUGCCCAAGGGAGACUUUCUACUUCCUCAUUGCCAUCAUGAAGUUGCUGGGAAGCAAAAAUGAUGGCACUCUUUACACCGCAGAUGAUCUUUUGGUGUGUCCUGCUGAGGCUCUAGGCUGCUUCUGGCUGGAGCUGUCUGUGAUUGGGUUUGAGGAGGGCCCAUCCAUGGAGACUGCUGUGUUCCGGCUACAGCACCUAUUGGAUGCCCUCGGGUCCUGGCUGUGGGUGACUGGCUGGGGCCCUUGUCCACCCUGUGGAGGAUACCCUCAGAGACCUGUCCAUCUUUUUCUGGCCAAACUCUUGGAGUUAUUACAGGGAGUUUGUGCUCAGCAUCUGCCCUCAGCACAAACCUGGGAGGAUACAGACUCCCUGAUACUCCCUCCGCUCUCCUCUUCCAGGAAGGGACCGAGAAUUGCACACCUGUCCUCCAAACUCAUCCCCAUCCCUUGA